GUGUCUCAGAAUCGGGCGGAGAAGUACCUACCGCCACUGCCCAAGCUGGAGGGCGCCGAGAUGAACAAAGAUGAGUUUGGGAAGAGUGAUCAGAAGCUGGCGAGAUUCCCGGAGUUGAAGUUGUCCAUGGCCGACCGAGUGAAUGUCCUUCUGCAAAGUGUGACUUCAGAAGCCCGGAAAUAUGCAGUCUUGCAUGGAAAGACUGAGGGCUGGGACGAAACUGUCCAAACCUUGAGAUACUAUGAAGAGCAAACGCGCCUGGUGGAUUUGAAUUACGGACAGGAGAAGUUGAACUGGAUGCAGAAUGGCAAAGGUAGCCGAUUCGAAGCUGCUGCAGAUGGCCAGGUAGUGCCCACGUCAGGGUUGGUGGACAUCAGAACCAAAUUCGGUAAGAAGAUUUGCACGAUUCAGAGAUGUAUCGUGGCAGAUCUGUCCUUCAACGUGCUGUCGCCGUAUGCGUUAGGCGAAUGGGGGUGGAAGGUCGUGCUUGGAUCGCCCAAGCGCCCCAAAGACAGCUUUGUGCAGAAGGGCAAUGUGAAGUUGCUCUUGGAAGUUCUUGUGUGGAACGAGAUCCUGAAGUUUGGCCUGAUCAAGGAGCCCAAGUUCGGGUUCUAG